AUGCAUAUUAACAGUGCUGAUCUUUCUUUAAGCUCACCGGUUAAUUCCGUUUCCGGGAAGGGUGUUGCUCUUCAGAAUAAUAACAUUUUCAACACAGUAAUCUUACCAAUUGCAAUCUUAGAAAUAAAAGACUACACAGGGUCUUUUCAUAAAGUACGAGCCCUUAUUGAUUCCGGGAGUAUGGCAAAUUUUAUAACGCUGAAUUUAGCAAAUAAAUUGAAGCUUCCGCGCGUGAAGUCUUGCCACGCGAUUUCUGGGUUGAACAGCAUGUCAUCCACCUGCAACAAAGGUUCAGUUUAUUGUCAGAUAAAACCUUUCACAAUGUCUGAGCCUUCUUUUGAUUUGAACGCCAUUAUUACAAAGACUAUUUGUGCUCAGCAACCACAAAGAUGUUUGUCGAUAGAUUCGUAUGCGCAUCUUAAAGAUUUGCAUUUUGAUGAAGAUCAGUAUUCUCGAUCCGCGCCUGUCGAUUUGCUUUUGGGUGCUGAACUGGUGCCUUAUGUAUUGGAUGAUCAGCGAGUGACUGGCAGGCCUGAUGAACCUGUUGCUGUGGGAUCGGUGUUUGGCUGGUUGUUGAUGGGGACUGAUACAGGGUCUUCUGCUUCUUCAGAAAUCACCGCUUGUUGCGCUGUCGUUGAUUCAUCAUUGGAGACAUGUUUUCAACGUUUCUGGGAAAUCGAACAGGUUGAGACACAACUUUCUUUAUCUCCGGAAGAGGCGGUAUGUGAAUCACAUUUUAUUAACAAUUGUCAACGUGCACAAGAUGGACGUUUUGUGUUGGCCCUACCAUUUCGCGAUGAUCCGUCUAGAUUGGGCAAUUUUUACCAUCAAGCGCUUAGAAGAUAUUUACUCCUUGAAAAGCGCCUUUCUCGAAAUUCCGAAUUAAAGUCCGCUUAUUCUGAAUUCAUGCUCGAUUAUCUCAAAUCUGAGCAUAUGACAUUGAUAACAUCUCCUUUCUCCGAUACAACCACCAAUUACUAUUUGCCGCAUCAUUGUGUUUUGCGUCCUAAUGGUCCGUCGACGAAGCUUAAUAAAGGUACCUCAGCUAUUGCAGAGAUCAGCUGUUCUAGUUAUCUCUUGUUAAAACCAGUGACCAGUGAAAAUGCCGACGAAAUUACUGUUUUUGGGCGAUAG